CGAAGGUGGCCGAUUCAGAAACCGCAGUUUGAUUUAUGAAUCCUAUUGAGAAUGACUUUAGUUCAGUUGACGCUGACUUAUUCACUCAGGUCCUGAUAGCUGUGUGUCCCCGCUCGCUCUGUCUUUUAGCUUUUAGCUCCUUUUAGCAGUUUAAUUGUGGAUUUGCAUCAGAGUGUUGUCACCGGUAGCGACAAAAAUGCUAAAUUAGCUGCCCCCCAUCGUUAACCAGCUUGACUUUACUGUUCAUAAUGUCAAUCCAACCUGUUUACGGUUAGAAAACAAAGCAUACAAAAACAAAAAAGUGCAGUUAACACCUUGAAACCAGACAUGAUGAAGCUCAGCAACAGGAGCCAUGAAUUACUCUCGGUUUUUGACAGCUGUCAGCGCAGCUAGAAAGCCCUCCCCCAUCAGGCUACUAACUGAGCUGCAGCAGCGCUCGCCUCCGUCCCUCAUCUCCCUGGCCGGAGGAGCCCCCAACCCCAACACCUUCCCCUUCCAGUCGGCCUCCAUCAAGGUGAAGAACGGGGAGACGAUCACCUUCGAUGAAACCGUGAUGAAGAGGGCCCUGCAGUACUCUUCCUCCAACGGAAUCCCCGAGCUGCUGACGUGGAUGAAGAACCUGCAGAAGAAUCUCCACAACCCUCCCACUGCCAGCUACAGCCCCGAGAAGGGCCAGAUGGACAUGUGUGUGACCACCGGCAGCCAGGAGGCGCUCUGCAAGGUGUUUGAGAUGCUGGUCAACCCUGGAGACAACGUUCUGCUGGACGCACCCACAUAUUCAGGAACACUUGCAGCGCUCCAGCCUCUUGGCUGUAACUUAAUCAACGUCCCGAGUGAUCAGCACGGCAUGAUCCCUGCCGCCCUGAAGGAGGUUUUGUCUCGGUGGGACCCGUCUGAAGUCCUCAAGCCCGGCAGCACCGCCCCCAAGAUCCUCUACACCAUCCCCAACGGAGGAAACCCCACCGGCGCCUCCAUGACAACCGAGAGGAAGAAGGCAGUCUAUGAGCUGGCCCGGCAGUACGACAUGCUCAUCAUCGAGGACGACCCGUACUACUUCCUGCAGUUUGAAAAGCCGUGGGCCGCCACAUUUCUCUCCAUGGAUGUUGACGGCAGGAUCAUUAGGACAGACUCCUUCUCAAAGAUCCUCUCUUCAGGGCUGAGGAUGGGCUUUGUGACGGGGCCCAAGCCGCUGGUCGACAGGGUGGUGCUGCACAUCCAGGCCUCCACCAUGCACACCAGCACCUUCACACAGCUCAUGGUCUCUCAGCUGCUGCACGGCUGGGGCCAGGACGGCUUCCUCAGACACAUCGACGGGGUGAUCGAGUUUUACAGGAAACAACGCGAUGCCAUGAUCUCCUCUGCAGACAAGUGGCUCAAAGAUGUGGCUGAGUGGCACGCCCCAUCUGCAGGCAUGUUCCUGUGGAUCAAACUAAAGGGCAUCGCAGACACCCAGCAGCUCAUUAUGGAGAAAGCACUGGAGAAAGAGGUGCUGCUGGUCCCUGGGGGUGUAUUCAUGAUCAACAGUAGUGACCCCUGUCCCUAUGUCAGAGCUGCCUUCUCCCUCUCCACACCAGAGCAGAUCGAUGAGGCUUUCAGAAGACUUUCUUCCCUCAUCAAGGAGGCUUUGUGAGGAGCUAACAGCAAAGAGAGAUACUAUUUUUCACUGACCGAGAUACAAAGAUACUGUUCAUACAGGUUAUGAAUCAGAAAAAAGAAGUCGCACAAUUUUUAGCUAUUUUUUUUAACAGAAAAACUUGUUUAUCAACACUAAAUUACUCAGUCACAUACCCCAUGGAGGGCUGUCCCAUCUGUCGAUAUACUGCACAGUGAAGAUGUCCUGCUGGUGGCCGUGAAUGACAAAACUUUUUUUUUGUUUUUUUUUGUUAUCAUGCUGUGGACAGUCCUUUGAUUCCUCACAACACUUUUGACAGCUGCAGUAAUAAGUAAAUAAGUAAAAACACUAAAAUGAAGUAAAAUAUAAAAGUAACAUGAUACUUUUAAAAGCUUAUAUUCUUACUUGCUAAACGAGGUGUACAAAUGUUGUGAAAACAGUUGCUGGCGUGGUGCAUCUACUCAUUGCCCACUUUAUCAGCUCCGCCUGGGCAGUCUAAUGCAACAGCUCUGCCAUGAAUUCUACCUUUUAACAACGCUUAUAAUGUUCAGUCUUUGUUGAAAUUGUGGAGAAUGUGUUAAUUCUAUGUUCAUUAUCGAAGUUGUAGUUUGCAGAGGUCUUGUACUGGACUACAUUAUAUUGAGGUGUUUCUAAUUUUUUGUCCCCCUUAUUUGUAUACAUGUGGGGGGGACAGAAUAUUGGAAACACCUCUCAGUAAAAUGCAGUCCAGUCCAACAGCAGCACUAACUAUGAGCUCAAUGCCAAACACAGAAGUGAAUGAACACCUCUAUUAUUGUGACAAAGAGAAAACCUGAGCAUUAUAGGCAGCAGAAAAGGACACUUUAUGGCAGAAGAGUUGCAUUGGAUUGCAUUAGAUUGUGCAGGCGGACCUAAUAAAGUGGCCACUGAGAGUAUGUGAUAGAUAAGAAAACUUGCUUGAAGAAGCACAAAACAGUUUGUCGAUUAUUGAACGGAUGAGAAACUGUACAACUUGAGCAAGUUAAUAUUGAAAAAAGAAAAAAUGCUCUUGCACCGUGUCAGUGACGGGGGGUGGUGGGUAGUUGCAUUGGGACAAUCAUAGCUUUUGACAUAAUAGAUUCUGCUUCUCAUUUUAUUGACCACAGAGGGUGAAAAUAUCAAGGUAUGUGGCUGUGAUUUCUUUAAUGGUGUACCUCAACGCUGAUUUUUAACUUGACAUUUACAGUUUACAUUACAGCCUAAACCAGCUUCGAUCGCACAUGUUCAGCUCGUGAAGGAUGUUACCUCUUUGAUUCCUGAUGACCUUAAAAAGCCAUAAUUCAAGUAGAGAAAAACGGACAUGAUUUUUUUUUUCUAAUAAGGUUACUUGAAAAAAAGCUAAUCCUGUGACACUAGCACGUCUUCCACCUGUCUCAUCAUUUUACUUGGAGGCCGCAUGGUUCACGAUCGCAUAAAAAUACCGUUUGAAAAGAGUGGGAUUUUACAUAUUAACCCUCCCGUGUAUGUAGCACUUUUUGUAGCGGUCAAAGCCAGUGUGUUUAUAGUGUUGGAGUGUUUGUGUGCAGCUGAAACAUUCAUCCAUGAAGGAUAACAGGGACGGGGAGCCAGCUUAGUCUGUUACACAUUUACCUGGAUGUCUGCCUCUAACUACAUACCCAGCUUUGUUCGGCUAUAAAAUCGGUUAUUUUAAAGCCAGAGACUGAGAAUGAUCUGGAUCAUUUUCGAUUGUAAAAGCAUGCAGUGUUUUUUGUAAGAGCAAAGAGGUUAUGUCCAUACUAUUCUGUCCUGAGCGGCGGUGUUAUUGACAGUUAUUGACUGUUUGCAGAGGCCUUGUUGCACAUUGUGGAGUGUGUUAUUUUGACUUUUACUGCGGCUCCAAGGUCAGUCAGUCAUCCAAUCUGACACACACGCAGAUAACCCAGAUAACUCUUUGCUUUUACACGUGCUCCUGGUUCUCUUUUUUUUUGUCUCAAAGUUUCUUUUUUGAUGUCACUUCAGAUGUUUGCUGUGCUCCUCCAGCAUUCUUCCAUGCUUUUUGUGUCCCUGAUUGUUAAUUGAUAAUAAAUG